CGAGGUGAGUAAUUAGUACCAAUUAUUUUUGUUCCUUGUUUCUGCCUUGCAAUUUGACUUUCUUUUCAUAAAAUGGAUUAGUGAUGCAGCUGGGAGAAAAUUUUCGGGAGACGCAGCGGCUAGGAUCAGGGGCCUACAACCCCUUAAUUGAUGGCAACAUAAUUGAUCGAAAGUUAUAGAAGCUUUGCAACUUGGUUCAAAUUUGUAUUAAAACUUUAUCUUAAAGCCCCCAUCCCCAAAAUUCAGAGCAUGUGGUAAGUAUCGUUCUUUCGCCUUCAGGAGUAUGACAAAAUUCGUUAAUAAAGUUUGUAACCUUGUGUUUGAAUAAUGGCGCGUUCGUGAAGGCCCGUGGAAAUUUUUUCAUGGCAAAUGGAUAUCCUUUCAGGCACAUAUCAAUUUUAGUAUUCAUUAAGAAUCUGUACUCGAAAAAGGAAUUAAUAUUUUUUUAAAGGAUGACUUUUCAGCAAACUCUUGACGAUUUAACCGAAAAAGCACUGGCAAAAUUGGAUGAUGGGCCUAAUUACAGAGAGAACAAUCUUUCAAAUGAACAACUUAUCCUUGCCCUGCUAAAUACACCUAUUGUUGUUGAAACUCUUCAAAAAUGGAUUGACAAAAAAGAACAAGUGGAGAGGAAAACAUCUUCAAAAAAUUAUGAGAAGGGGGAAAUCUUCCGCAAAGAGGGGAAUAGAUUUUAUGUCGCUGGUCAGAACUCAAGGGCUCUGGAAUUGUAUAACGACAGUAUCAGACAUUACCCAUGGCCAUUAGAGGGUAACAAGAAUACUGGUUCAAAUGAAAAUCACGGACUUUCCCUUGCUUACGGCAACAGAUCGGCAGUUUUCUUUAAUGAAAAGAAUUUUCAAAAAUGCCUUAACGAUAUUGAUAAGGCUAUUCAGCUAAAUUAUCCUGAAGAUUUAAAACACAAGCUGCUAAAAAGGAAAGCAGAAUGUCAAAUUGCAUUGGGAGAAGUUCUAGAAGCCAAAGCUACACUCUCACAAGCCGAAGACAGUAUUUGCCAGCAUAGAAAAAAGAUAAAGAAUACAGAUCAACUGUUGUCAGCCAUCAACAGAUUGAAUGAAAAGUUUUCAAAUCUAUCUACCACUGAAAUGAAGCAAGAUGAGAAAUGCAACACAGAUGAGACAUUUGAGGUCAAGUAUGAAAGCAAUGAGAUACUUCAAAAUGCUUCAGAUGGUGUAGUGAUAGCUAACAGUGUAACAGCAGGAAGACACCUGGUUGCCAAAAAGAAAUUCAAACCUGGAGAUGUGUUAAUCUUAGAGAAGCCAUAUGCAUCUAUCAUUUUCCAAAAUUUUUACAAGUCACAAUGCUGGCAUUGUUGUAAGACCUCUGAUAAUAUUAUACCCUGUUUCAACUGCUCUGUUGUUACAUAUUGUUCUGAGAAAUGCCAAACAGAUUCAUGGAAAGAAAAUCAUUUCUUGGAAUGUUAUCAUGCUGUAAAGCUGCAACACCUUGGCAUUGCUACUAUUGCACUUCACAUUCUUCUCAAAAAUGAUGUUCAAACACUAUCCCAAACACAUUUUGCAUUCUUAGAGACUUCAUGUCAUGACAUGCUUCCAUAUGGGUCACAAGAUGAAAAAUAUUCUACUGGAUAUAAGUCUGUGUACCAUCUCAUCACAAAUGCCAAAGAAAUGCCUUUUUAUGAUAUCAUCCAGUAUGGUAUUAUGGCUGUAGCUUUACUACUAAUGCUAAAACAAUCAAAGUUUUUUGAAAGAGACGAAAUUGUUCAAGACAAAGAUAAGAUUGAACUUGAAUAUGGAACUAUUUGGAAAGAUUCUUUUUCAGAUUCACAUUCUGAGAAUUUAAACGAUGUUGAUUAUAUGGAACUGCUUUAUUGCAGCUUGCUUUGUAAACAUAUUCAUCAGGUUGUUUGCAAUGGGAUUGCUGUCACUGGCAUUUGUGACAUCCCAGAUCCAAAAUUAUCUGCUGUGUCCGAAUAUGGGCAACUUCGUUAUGGCACUGGUAUUUACCCGACAGUAUCUCUUAUGAACCAUUCUUGUGAUCCAAACUGUAUACAAAGUUUUGUUAACAAUACUCUAAUCAUCAAGGUAACUAAAGAUAUAGAGCCAGGUCAAGAGAUGACCAUUUCUUAUGGCCCAAUUUAUAGCAAACAUAAAUGGGAUGAGAGACAGCACACUUUAAAGAAACAAUACUUUUUCACAUGCCAGUGUUCCAAAUGUCAAAGUGGUCCAACUGGUGGAACAGGAUAUAUGGAUUACAAGUGUCAGCAUUGUGAUGGACCUAUUCCUGAUCUAGAUUAUGCUGUUUGCAUGGCUUGUAACAAACCAAUUGAUAAAAGCUGGUUUUUAGACCUUCAUCAUAAAUCAGCUACAUUGUAUAUGCAGUGCAUUGGAGAACCUGACCAAUCAAUCAAGAUGCUGAGACAGUGCCUAAAGAUGCAGAAGCUUAUCUAUUACAAGUAUCAUCGAAGUCUGGCUCAUACAUAUAAUGCUUUGGCAUAUAAUAUGGCAGAUGAAAAUAGGUAUUCUGAAGCUGUAGACCACUUUGAAAAAUCUCUUGACAUAUUGAGAGCAAUCCAUGGAGAUGACAGUGUAGAAAUUGGCCAUAAUUUGGUGACAUAUUCUGAAUUACUCAUGGAAGUUCUAAAGGAGCAAAUGAGCAAAUGCUGUAUGUCAGGAGAAAAAUCAGUGUUUGAGUUGGCAUCAAAGUGUUUGAAUGUAAUUCAAAAAGCAUUAAAUAUAUUGAUGAACACAACAUCAAUGACAUCAGGGUCAGACUUCAUAACUGAUCUCAAAGCAAAGGAGAAACAUCUUAAAGAUUUCCUUAAAGGAAGUGAACUCCUAAAUAAUCAGUUUAAAACAGAGUGUUAAAAGUUUUUUUUUGAAGAAGUAAAAAUCUGUAAUAAAAUGUUUGCAUAAUUUGGAAGCAACCAUGAGGUGUGUGAGGGGAAAUAUAAAAAGUCUAUCUAUCAUUCCUACCAAAGGGAAGUAGGCUAUAUAUACCAUGAGAAUUUUCUUUUUGUAAAGAAUGAUGGGUAUUUUGAAGCAAAAUAUAAAAAAUGUUCACUUUAUGGGUGCUUUAUUACAGUUCUAUUUUAAACAUUUUUUCUCAAUUAGAGUGUCCACAAUUUUGGAUGGUUUCUGAUGUUGUCACAGUCAUACCGCAAGAUAAGAGAAGAAUUUAUAUAGUUUUUAAACCUUAAGAUUUUAUGCAUCUUUGGUAUAAUGGGCCUGCGUUGAUAUUUAAGAUCUUUCCAUAAAAAUUUCAGUUAAUCUUUGUUCAGAGUGAUUUAGCAUACUUUCUAAAUUUUGUUGUAUUUUAUUCCUUGCUGACCAUUGGCAGAUAAUGUGAAUUUAUUUAAUGGCUUAGCUUGGUUAUAAUCAUCUGUUCAAAUGUUUGCCAAUUUGUUUUGUUCUUUUUACCCAAUAGAUUUAUUUCUGUUCUCAUUUAGUUUCUUAAUUUAAGUUCUCAAUAUUUUUAUGCUUUGCAGACACGUUGAAUUUUGAAUUGUUUCUUUUUUUAGGGUUGUAGCAUUUGAUAAGACUACAGUAAUGAUAUAGUGUGAGUUCAAAAGA